CUGGUUUGGCGGAGAGAAAGAAGAAUCAUUUGUCUUAGUGCGGGUGCGUGGAAAGAAUAGAAAAAAAAAAUGCUUCGGAAUUUUUAGAAAUUUCUGGAAAUUUCAAUCAGCAAUAUUUGGAUUUUUGGUGGAUGGGGCGGAGUGGCCGCUAAGGGAUAUUAUUCCUGGAAUGAACUUUCCGAAAAAUUCCUCCCCUCUCCCCCACGCAAAAAAUCCUUUUGGAUACAAAGUUUCGAAAAUAGGAUUUCCCGGAUAAAUUAUUCGUAAAAAAGGACCGUUUUCCAGAUCGUCGGGACGAAAAUUAUUCUAUUGACGUGAAUUAUGAAACAAAGAUUAAUUAUGAAUAUCGCCAUCGAGGUGCAGCGUUGGUGUGAGAAAUACCAGGACAUCCAUUAGGGGAAUGAAACUUUUACAGAAAACUUUUUAAAAGAAAUAACUUUUUUCGAUGUUUUCUCACGCAGACGAUACAUAUAACAUGAAAUAUUCUGAGAAGAUUUAUAUAGUGUGAGAGGUAAUAUGUUAAAAAUGGAGGUGAAUAACACACAAAAUAAUCUCUGAUAGCGUAAAACGUCGGAAAUGCGGAUGAUAAAUUCCAAAACCCUACAACUAUGAAAGUGUUUAUUCAAAAGAUAAAAUGAAAGUUUAACAAAAAAAAAUCUGAAAAUAUUUUAUAUCCGGGAACAGAUUCCCGGAGUUUAAGUCUCUGAAAACCUGCAAAGUGAUGUCCAGAAAGACAACUCCAAGGUUGAUCCUGGAAAUUUAAUUACCCAGACGUCAAUUUUUCCCGUAAUUCUUGGAAAUUUCACAGAUAUGUUCAACAAUUCCACCAACAAUCCCGAAAAAUAUUAUCCCACUCUUUUUGAUCUCAAUUUCCCUACCAAAUUUUUUCACAGCCGAGAGAUUGAUUGUUUCAAUCCUCGCACUUGAAUUUCUAUUAAAAAUAUCGCACUGUGUAACGAUCAAUCAUCCAGGGGCAGAGAGCGAAAGAGUCUCAACAACGAGAAAUUUCAUCUAUAUUCUGAAAAUAAUUGGAGGCAUUCCCGUAAGUAAUGAACAUCGUUAACAGUUGAAAUUCGAUUAGCUGCAUCGACCUUUGCUACCGAACGCAUGUGAAUGUGGAAAUUUGUUCGUACAUGUUCCAUGGGGCAUAUUGCAAAUGAGCGAUAUCAGGGCGUAAUAACGUGAUGCGGACAAAAAUGUUGAGCGUGAAAAGAACCCAAAUGGAAAGAAGUAAAGAAAGGACGAAUAGAGAGGUACGUGAGCGUAAGGUAUCCAACUGGUGACUGCAUAUGUGUGCAAUGAGUGAGUAAUGCGUGGUCGGCAGAGUAGAACAAAGGAGAACGAGACAUUUCUGGACAGACGCAUUGUGGAGCGGAAGAGGAAGUCACUUCGAAAGCCGUAAAACUCUCAGCCACAUUUUCCAGUAUUCUGUUUUGUCCUGUAUAUGUCUUACCCCGAGCACUGACGUCAUUUCAUCCCUCUGUUGUAAUAUAAAAGUCCAUAUGGGCUGUUUUGAAGUGAAAACGUGACGCAAAAAUCUGCAAACUAAAAAAAAACAAAGGGCCGAGUUGCGGACCAUUGUCAGAAGCGGUUUUUAUUCAGUAGAUGCAAUGAAUAUUCAAUGAUAAUCGCAGUGGUGGUGUAAAAUGACAAGAUUUUGUCUGAUAAAUUCGUUAUUGAAAUCCCGACACACAAUUAUAGAUGGAAAAUUCGGAAGUUAUUCUGGAAUCGAAGUGAAUACGACACUAAGUUGGAAAUUCAGUGAAUAAUCAGCCUAGUUUCAUUACGAAUCAUCCAAUAAUUGCUCAUGAUCAUUAUCAUUGUAGCAAAUACUACAGCCGAUGAGAUAUUUCCGGAGCGAAUCGAUUAUUUAUGAACAUUUUUACUGCAAUAAACUGGAUGAGGAAUUAAAAUGAGGUCCUGGCAUUUACGGGAAGUUUUUAUAUAACAAUAAGUAAUUUGUAGGUGUUCUAACUCCUGUGCUCAGGGUAUACGCAUUUACUUAUUUACUUAUGACUCAACAACAAGAACAACAUGACAAUUCAAUUUCUUGUGUGUACGAUAUUUUUAAAUUUCUCAUGAAUGAUUAAUGAGCAGUCUUGAAUAGUCCGUUUCUACGGAACAUAAUGUUCGAUUUUCACGACAACUGUAGAAACUCAAGUUAUCAUUAAAGAAUUAAUGAUUGUUUAGCAUGAAAACCCCCAUUUCCUUCUAUUUUCAAGGUGCGUUUGACUUUGUGUAAACGCAUCAAUUUGAAAUUGCAUUCCAAUUCAUACCGGUGAAUAGUUUAAAAACCCUUUAAGGAAAAUUUCUAUAAAUUUAUGACGAUUCAUGACGGGAUUAGGAUUUUUUCCAUUACUCCAAAACCCUGAAUCAUAUCUGUGUGAAAAAGGAAAAAGGAAUAAAGCUGAAAUAUUCUGUGGACGACGGCUCCCAUUUUGUAACAUUUUGCGAAACAGAGAGAAUAGUUUUAUUCAGUGACACCAAUACUGCAGUUAAAAAAAGUUUCCCCACUAGCUGAAAAAUUAUUAAAUUCAGAUUUUUACCAUCUAAACUAUACCACUCCAUAAAUCGCUCAAAUGCGCGUCAGAAAAUUUAAUUUUACGACGUCCAUAAGUCCAAGGUUUAUUGAAAUGAUUUUCAGUAACAUUUAAACUAACAAUUCUCCUUCUUCCCUUGCCAAAUAGAUUUCUCAAUGAAACCACUAUAAAUUUGAAAAAUAAAAAUUAGCUGCCAAAGCCAUUUCUCCAUUUUACUUUUUAUUAAGAAUUAACCUAACAGCAAUUCUUGCAACAAUUUUUUCCGAACUUGUUUCCCGAAACACCGUCUUUCUCGAAACUUUCAACGAACCUCUGCCACCAAAAUACCCCCAACAUCUCCUCUCCUUCCCCCCUAAUUAUCUCAUAAUCUAAAAGAAAAAUCCCGCCAACAUUUUUCUCCAGCCAUUCUGACUGCCUCUGAAUUAAAAAAGAUGCGAUGGAGAACGACUAUAAAUUGAAAGGAGGUCCUUUUAUUCCAACAUUUUUCCCUCCACAGUCAUAUUCCCUCCGGCACAUUAGCCAUCGAUCCUCCAAGGAUUACUUGCGUGUACUGUUUCAGGAUACCCUCUUCACUCAGCGAUCCUCCCCCGAUCACUCACCCAUUCCGUAAAUCGACAUUCGCACUUUAUGAUCAUCAAAUGACGCAGUCAUCCCUCCCCCGUUCCCCACAGGAGAUCGCCCUGAGACAAAAUAUCUGUGACCCACGAAUGAAUCACGGGAUUGGCCUGGAACUGUAGACAUAUUUAUUAUCAUAAGUAUCGGAGUAAGUGAACGAAAGAAAUCGCAGAGAACGACCACAGACCCAUAGUCAACCCCCUCCCCUAUAUCGCGGUAGAGGGUGGAACUACAGAGAGGGCUAGGAGCCACAGUUGGUUGCGAGCUGUCGUCCUGUGUGGAUCGCCGGGCUUCACCCGUCCUUCCUCGAUCUCAAAAAUUUCCUACGACAAAUCAAUUUCUCAAAUCUUAAAUCAUUCAAAAAGCCCGGGGUUAAAAAUAGCUUUGAAUUGAAAAUGAAAAAAAGUGAAGUGAAAUAUUUACGGUUUAGAAUGUGAGGCUCGAUAGUGCGCCCGUAUGAAAGGUCAGAGGAUAUUCAAGAGAAUCCGCGGGCAAUUCGUACAUUGGAGUUGAUGUGGAACUGAGUAACCCGGACAGUCAUCCCCUAUGCGGAUCUCACCUUUGCACUUAAAUCACUCCGAGUGGAGGGAUGACACCGAUUCCUUCAGCCGAAUUCAUUUGCCCGGAUAUUCGGGAAAUUGAGUGAAAAAUAUUUGUGGUUGAUGUGAUGCGGGUAUCGAAGCUCAUCAAUUUCUGUGCUCUAGAUUUUUUUUCUCAAAGUCAUUUGUACUUUCUCCAUCUCCUUCUUCAGUCUCCGAUUUUCGAGGGUCACUGGAGUAUGACGAAGGCUCCAAUGGAGUUUUGAAUUGUGGUGAACAUGAAGGGGCUGAUGAAAACCGAAUGACAACGGAUAAAUCUGAAUAUUUGUGAGGUCUGUUAUCGGCUAAUGUAAUUACCUUGAGGUACUUUAAGAACAUUAAACUGCAAUAGGACUUGGUAAAUAUCCGAGUGAGAGACUAAAUUCAGAAAUAGAGAGCAGCGAGCUUUACGUAAUGCAAACCCUUAAGUGGAGUGAAGAAUAUCGAUGAGGGGUGUAAACAACAAUUCGAAAACUUCAGUUGUUCUAUGAAUAGAGAAUUAUCGAGGUGGUUAGUGGAAUUAAAAGGAAAACUUUUGUUCACCCUAUCCACAAAUGGAAUUACCGAUGAAUGAGGUAAAAUAGGGGGUGAAAAAAUAUCUGUAAGAGAGUAGAGUGAUAGAGUGGAUGUUAUCCAGUGGUGAUUACGUACAAUCGAAUAAUCAGUACACACUGAGAAUGCCAAUAACUAGAACGAAACAUGCCCGGUACAUUGUCGGGUCCGAGCUAUUCAAGAAAGUUUUGAGGUGAGAAUUGGACUGCCUUUCACAUCAGGAAUUGUCCACAAAGUGGACACUAUCGGUUGUGAUAUCAAUACAUAUUUGAAAAUAUCCACAAGUGAUGAGACUAAAGUUACAACUUGUAAUAUUUAAAUAACUAGAAUUGUGCUGGCAGUGAUUGAAGUUCGCCUAAAUGUGAUUUCACGGUGUCAAUAAAAAAUGCAAUUUCUUAAUUCACUCAUGUCCCAGAUUUAACGUAGGCCUGGGUUAACUGAGUGGUGAGGGCGCUGUGUGCAUAAUUAGCAAGUUGCUGUACUCGCAAUAUCACCGGAAUAAGUACUGAGUUGGCAAAUUAUUGGAACAGCAAAGAGAAUCAACUCGGAUAUGGAUCACCCAAGAAAUAAUUGUGACGCUGAUGAACAAGUUUUCGCGAAGAGAUGAUUUUUCAUUAUCAGUCUAACAAUCUCCGCUCAAAGUUAUAACUUCCAACUGCCAAUGAUUAGGUUCCAGUCGAAAUUUGGGAUUCCCCACGAGGGAGUCCUUCGAUUGUUUAUCAAUCGAUUUUCUGGUUUUCUGGCUCGGAGUUCAGAGGAAUAAGUCGAUUGUCUUUGGAAAUUUCAUUCUAGUAGACGUGGAAUAAUCUAGUAUCGAAGUAGACGAGAAUGUGGGCCAUGAUCGGCGUCAUGUUUAUCCCGAUUGUUACCCGGUUUAAUUUCGGUGUAACAAUGGAAACGGGACAAGGAAAAUCAUCGUUAUGCUGCAGGCUGUUAUGCUAGGUAGUGGACCGGGUGGUGGGAGACGUGAACGUUAUCCCGGUUUUUAUUUACAUCGUCGUUCACGAUUCAGAAUGAACCGGGGUGAACAAGAAACACUGUUCAGGCAGAGCCGACAGUUGACGAGAAUAGUACCGUCUCGGGAGGAUUUAGUCUUAAGCGUACUCAAGGCACCCAUUAACCAACAACAAUCGCAAUUUCAACAUUCACAUUAUCCCCAUAGUCCACAGGAGCAUCACGUCAAUUGUCAAGCACAUCAAACGCAUAAAAGAUGCAUCAAUCAACCAGGUCACGCGUACAACAACGAAAGUCUUCCAAGGAGUAAGGACCAAUGCACGAGGCUAUCGGAAAAGCGUUACAGUGCUGCUGCAGCAUAUGCUGCACUUCAGGGAAGUGAGGACGAGCUUGUUGGUGGUGAAUCCGAGGAUUUUGCAUUGAAAACACCGGGUAGUGAGACCGAGGACACUGAUAACGGUACAACUACCGAAACACCAACAAAAUUCACAUUUUUAAGGCGUUUUCGUUCGCCAAGAUUUGGCGAAGCGCAUCACAAGAGAGUACCAACACCGAUGAAGAGAAAACAUCGGAGAAAGAAGAGCCAGAGUGACAUUAUUAGUGAUGAUGUUAUUGAUGAUGAGGUCGAGGAGGAGCCGGCAAUUCCUGUACAAACUGGUGUACCAGAUCCUUAUUAUCCAAUUUAUCUGCCCAUUGAUCAGGCAUUCAAAGCUAAAUAUGUGUUUCAUCACAAAAAGGGGAAGACAUUUCAGGAGAGACUGUACGUUUUUCUUGAACAUCCUGGGGGGUGGCUGUGCUUCAUUUAUCAUUGCAGUGUGUUCAUGGUGGUGUUGGUGUGCCUCAUAUUUAGCGUUUUGUCAACGAUAGAACAAUACAGUAAUUUUGCAAACGAAACUUUGUUUUGGAUGGAAAUAUGUUUGGUGUUUUUUUUUGGAUUCGAAUACUUAGUGAGACUAUGGAGCGCCGGCUGCAGAUCAAAGUACAUGGGAUGCUGUGGCCGUUUGCGAUUCAUACGCAAACCAAUUUGUAUUAUAGAUUUAAUCGUAGUUGUUGCAUCCAUGGUGGUGCUGUCAGUGGGAAGCAAUGGACAGGUAUUUGCCACUUCAGCAAUUCGUGGUAUUCGAUUUCUACAGAUCUUACGAAUGCUCCACGUCGAUCGUCAGGGUGGCACUUGGCGAUUGCUGGGAUCUGUUGUCUUCAUUCAUCGACAGGAAUUGAUAACAACCCUCUACAUCGGCUUCCUCGGCCUUAUUUUCAGCAGUUACUUUGUAUACCUCGCAGAAAAAGACGCUGUUGGGCCCGAUGGAAAAACGGAUUUUUCGAGUUAUGCUGAUGCGUUAUGGUGGGGUGUGAUCACAGUAACAACUAUAGGUUACGGUGACACUGUACCUCAAACGUGGAUGGGAAAAAUAGUCGCCUCCUGUUUCAGUGUAUUUGCCAUAUCGUUCUUCGCACUACCAGCGGGUAUCCUCGGUUCUGGUUUCGCCCUCAAAGUCCAACAAAAACAACGUCAGAAACACUUCAACCGUCAGAUACCAGCAGCAGCAAUGUUGAUCCAAUGUCUUUGGCGAUGUUAUGCGGCAGACAAGGCCAUCAACAGUGUUGCAACAUGGAAUAUUUACAUAAAGGACCCAGCACCACCGGGUCAACCAUCCACUCCACUUGGAAAGUUGAUUUGUGUAAAGAAGAUGUCUCUGAUGAUCCAGGUGGCUAAAAAGGCGAGUGUCCUGAAGAGACGGAAAUCGAGAAAUCGUAUGGAAAUGCAGAAUCAACAACAAACACCAUCCCAACCGACUGUCCCUAUAUCGGGUGGCACAACGGGAACACAGACUGACAGUAGAAUUGAUAAUGAAGGAGAUGUGGUUUUUUAUAUGGAAGAACCCAAAUCGGGAACACCCAAUCGAGUGAGACGAGAUAACCGGGGUAGUUUAUUCACAUCGCAGACAAGCUCUGUGACAGAAGCGGCGAGUGAUGAAAUUGACAUCGACAUCGAUGAGCCACAACGAGUGACGACGCUAACAGAGGCACACAGAAAUGCGAUAAGGGCAAUCAGGAAGAUAAAAUAUUUUGUGGCACGAAGGAAAUUUCAACAGGCAAGAAAACCUUAUGAUGUGCGCGAUGUAAUCGAGCAGUAUAGCCAGGGGCAUUUGAAUAUGAUGGUUAGAAUUAAGGAGCUCCAGAGGAGAUUGGAUCAAACCCUCGGUAAGCCGGGAAGCUACCUAGCAGGAAUCGACCGGGCUGGCAACAUAAAACCCAUGACGAUUGGUGCCCGUCUGUAUCGAGUCGAACAGCAGCUUUCCGUAAUGGAUAAAAAGCUCGAUCAACUGGUGUACGUAUUAAACGCAGUGGCCCAAAAACAACAAAUCCCAUUGAGGAGCAUCGAGGACGACGUGUAACAGAACGCCCCCAAUGAAUUUCUACGUGCAAUAUGUCAUCAUACUCAACCUCGAUUAACCAUAAGCACAGUUGUACCAGAAAUGUUGAGUAGAGCUCAUUGAUUGAUCUCCACCUUGCGCUGACAAAUUAGGGAGAGGUGAAAUCAGUGGUAUUGUUAACUGAUAAUCGUCAUAAAACGAUUCAUGCUCACUUGAAUUACCGAUAAAUGAAUGAUCUCUCAAUACCGCCGAUAAAUUCUUUCGAUUUAUUUAACAGGCUUCACGAUAAUGAAGUUGUUUAAUUACUGAGAGACGGAUGAUACGCACAGAACGAGAUGCAACAACCAAUAAACAAGAGAUGAGGAAUAACUCACGUACAAGUGACAAUGAUUUUUUAUCUCAUCAGAAGUUGAAUGGACUGUUUCCACGAUACAUUGAUCAUCCAAGGGGGAAAUUAAUAAAUCAAUAUAUUUCGACUACAAUAGGAUCUUAUCGCACAGCAUUAUGAGAGAACAGGAGCCAUCGAUAAAAUAUUUUACCAAUAAAUUUUUUAAAUUACUUGAUAAUGUUAUCGGGAAGCGUCGGUCCAACGCAAUCCAGAGAUUUUUCUUUCAAUUUUUAACGCUCAUGUGAAUAGAAUCAAUCAAGCUAAUUCACUGUGAGCUAAUUCAUCAAUUGUGUAAAUACAUUCAUUGAACAAAAUAAUAUUGUUGAACUAUAAUUAGCUGGAGGCUCUCGGAAACAUGCGAUCGAGGAUAUUUUCAACGAUAAAGGAAUGAAUAGAUGAAUCUACUGCAAUUUGUGGGACUCCAAAAUGAAUGCAGAUGGUGGAAAAUUAUUAUCUAUGACUGCGGGAUAAUUUACAAGUACGGGGUGAAAUUAAUCGUGAGGGUCAUUCAGUGAUAUUAGUGUGGAUUUCAAUUGAAUGAACAGACGAGUGGAUUUGAUCGUUGGAUGUACACCAUAAUAUGGAUAAUGUAAUCGUAGAAUGCAUCGUUGCAAAUUCAUUUCGGCGCAUAGUCCGGACGAAUGAACCGAAGGAUUGAUCAACCAUAUGAGAAAGAUAAUAAUGAAAGGGUUAAUUAUUUUUGUUCUUUUCCAAUGGUAGCAGCAGGAAUUGUACUCUUGUAAUAUAAAUAAAUAAAUAACAGUGCUUUGAGCCUACAAGUGCAUCUUUGCACACUCUAUGGUGCCUCUCAUUCUAUUUCACUAUGGGAUAAUUGAAUUACAUAGAUGACAUUAAAGGAGUUACAAUAAAUUAUCUUGAUAAUGGGUAAUAAUUUUUUGACAAAUUACUCACAUAUUAUGCUUGUGAAUUUCCUCAGCACCAAUAAAAAUAAUCUGCAAUCAUUGAUUUUAGACAAUUGUCGUUUUUAUAUCGUAAGAUAAAUAUUUUAUAGCUUAAGGGAGUUUCACAACUUGAAUAUUCAGAAUUUUUUUAUACUAAUGCGCUUGAUCAGUUAUUUUUUAUUUCCGCAAGACUAGUAGAUUUGUAAAGUUCAUUAAUUAUAUGCAGACACUUGUCAGUGGAGGAUUAUCGAUACUGUACUUUUAAUUGUAAUCCAUUUUUUUUCGUAAUAAUUAUCGGAUAAUCAGCAGCCAAUGCUGGACUAGGUGACAGCUUGUCUCAUGUAAUUUUCACUAUUGUAAAUUUGCACCCCAUAAGUUCGGUAAAUCUCGUGCGUUAAAUAUAAAACGAGUGGCAAGUAGUGUUCGUGAAUCGGCCGAAAAAAAAUAUAGAAUUAAACGUCAACUACAAUUUUUAUUAUGAAAAUUAUUGAAAAUACGGAAUCACUUCGUACGAAUCGAUAAAUGUAAUAACACAAUUUAGAAAUUUGCAAUAAUUCAAAUUAUAUUCAAGUGAAUAUGGUGAAUUGAUAUUGGUAGAGGUGAGAAAUUAUCCAAUGAUUUGUGAUUAGUGGAAGGACAGUGGCGUAGAAUUAUAAAUCUAAGUCAACUUGCGUAAAAGUAGAAUUCGCUAUAAAAAAUCUGCUACUCGCAGCUUAGAAUGUGAUAUCACGCGACCUAGUUAUCAAAAAUGUCAAUAAUUUUUAUUCAACCACGUGUUUGCCUCUUUUAUUAGUACUCCCCUCCCCCCGUACAUUGCUGUAUCGAGACAAACAAAAAAACGAAGGUGAUUUUGAACUGAAAUAAAAUACCUUAAAUAGCUAAUUGUUCAACAGGAAAAGGAACGAAGCGGGUAAAUUACAUGCAAAUCCGAGGAAGCUUGGAAAUACUCAUACGAAUAUUAUUACAGUCAAAGGAUAUAGAACCAAUGAAUUUUCAAUUCAGCCGAUUGUUGAAUAACGAUGAAAUGUUCAUUAUUCCUUGUCCAAGCUACCUCAGAAAACUACUUAAGCUUUUUCUACGCAAAACGUGGCUGUUAUUUAUAAAUUUCAUCAAAGUUGUUAUCAGAUUAUCUCCAGUACUGAUUAAUGAAUCAGCCAAUCACAUUCCGAGUUGACAUAGUUACAUAUCUAUCACUUAAUUACUGUAACUAGGAAUUUAGAGUAAUUUUUUUCUGAAAAUAAGCGUGACAGUGCGAGCCAUGAAUUGUAUCAAUCGAAUAUAAUAAUAUUUCUAGUCAUUUGAAUUUGGUUCUCAACUUGGGCACAAAAAUAUUGAGUACCAAAUAUGAUAAAUACUUAUAUUUAAUGAAGAAGUUUGAUGAAACUGUUAUCAUUGUAAAUGAUAUUUCAUUUAAUAAGGUCAGAUAUUUUUUAUUAUUAAUAGAAUCAGAGUAUUUUAUCGCUGCUUCUUGUGUACCUACUUUUUCUUGUUACUGUUGAUCGGUCCCAAAUGUUUAAUAUAUCAUUAGUCCUUUGACUCAUCAAUCUGAUAAUAUUUGAUAAUACAAUCACUUUGAAUUGGUAAAAUUGUAAAUUCAAUAAUUUGGACCAACGUUAUAUCUUCAAAAUUUUAAUUAAAUUGUAUAUUGUACAAAGUCAAUAUAAUCGAGCCUGUUUAUAGCUCUGUGAAAGAAUGUGGUACGAAAUAAUGCAACAUGAGGAUUGAAUUUUUUGAAGAAAGGAUGAGUGUAUGGAUGAGACAUCGAAGUUAACUGUAAAAGUGAUGACAAAUCUGUUUUUGUUGAAUAAUCGUAUAAUAUUCAUGACCAAAUGAUACGACCUUAUUUUAACCGUGGAUCAACUUAGUCACCUUGAGAAAUUGUAAAAAUCCUUUCCGACCAAAUUAAUCCCGAUGAAAUUAUUAAGGUAUAUCCUCAGAAAAAUUACCAUGAAUAUUUAUCGACUUUACCAUCAAACAGACACAGAGUCAUUCUCACCAGACCCUAAAGUUUUUAUUCAACACAGUAAUUUAAAAAAAACAAUAAUUGGAUCAGGAUCGGACAGGUAAUUCUAUAAAAAUAGUGUAUUACAAGAAAGCCCAUGGGGUGAUAUAUUUUCCAUGACGAGGGUUGAACAAAAUUUUUCCUCGCAGAAAAACUGAAAAACUAAAUUUUCUUGUCGCUUAACACCCAGAAAAUGUUUUUCAGACGCUCCUCCUACAAAUUAAUUCCAUGUUCCCUCCGACUAUUGCAAGCAUGAACCUACUGCCUAUAUAGAAAUAUAUAUAAACAUUAUAUUAGAUGGCUUAAUAAGCAAACUAGACUUAAAAAAGUGAUUUUUUUUCUCCGAGCAGAGAUAACUUUGACUUUUAAGAGAUUAUUUCGUCUGAGACUAUACCUUAAUAUUGGAAUAAAUAAUUCCACUCAUCUGACAAAAUUUAGACUGUACUUUACUCGAAAAUCAGUAACAAUAAAUAUGUUAUAUAAGCGGUGCGCAUCGCCGAAUAUUCUUGGUUGUGCUUCAACGAGUGCUUUGGUUUCGAGAGAAUUUCACGAACGUUUAGUAAAUAGGUUGAACAGAAUAUUAAACUCAACAUUUUAAUACUCUACUCUAUAACGAAUACAAAAAUUCUUGCACGUGUCGCAACGAUGACAAUCUUUAGUGAUAAUAUGUAAAUUGCAACGACAGCUGUGAGACUGAUGGUAAUCAGACAAUGUAGAGGAAAUGGGGAGAAUGUCAAAGUGUAAAGAGCACGUAAUCCUCUAUCCCCGAAACUCUCGAAGCUGAAGCAAUCGGAUAUGUUUAAUGCACCGAAAGAAUCAAUACUAUGAUGCGAAGGAUAAAUCAAUCAUAUCACCGUAGUUGCCUAUAUUACUGUCCACCUAGUAGUAUAUCAACUGAACUGUUGUGCUGCUCAUAAGGCGCAUUAAUAAUUUCCUCAAUUUUAAAGAAUUUAAAAAAUCAGUCAUUUUAAAAUUUCUCCGUAUCGUGGAAGAGAACUCUGCUACUUAAUCUAUCAAAUAAUUAGAAUUAUUUAAUUAAUAAAAUUAAUUCAGCAGCAAAGCGGUGAACUGUUUUAAGUCGAUUUUGACGUUUGGUCAGAGAGAAAAUUUUUUCAUGACUUUUUUGCCGUUACGUUCUACGAAAAAGAUAAUGAUAAAAUUCUUUCCAUCUGCUGUAGAUUCCGGACUAUUCAUCGAACACUGGCCGAUGUAAUAAAAAUGAACUUGACCCAGUUUACUUAAUUAACUACUGAAUUAUUCAUCUCAAAUCCGACGCAAUUUACUGAACAUCAAAUUCCAAGUUCUCCUCCAUGAGAUCAUGAAAAUAGAGAGUAGACCGAAAGGAUUAGAAUCCAUUGUUAAAUAAUUAUGAAUUUUAUCAAUUUUCAUUGCCCGACAAAUCGAAUGUGAAGGUCACUAAUCGAUAUUGAAUAUAUAAUAUACCACAUGAAACUUGUCCAAUUGCGAUAAUGAUAUUGAAAAAUUUCCGAAAGCAAAUGUAUUUUGCAAGUGUCCUUCCAAAUAUUGUAAACGUGAUAGCGCGCUCUGAAGGGUUUACGAUACUCUUAGAUUUAACGACGAUGAAAAAUAAUACUUUCAAAAAUAGUACGAUAAGACGCAUGCAGAUAAAUGAAAAUAAGCGGUCCAUCCGUAUGAUGAGAAAUUUAGAUAUCCACGACAGUCUGAAGUCUUCACAAUAGAUAAAUAUCAUGUUUAGAUAUCAAUGUAAGUACUGUGGAUGGACCAAAGAUUAUAAAUAAUUUAUAAAUAUAAAUGAUAAUUAAUAUUUAAAAAAUGCUACUAUUAUUUUAAUUAACUAUACAUACCGAGUAAUUUAUGCCUGAUAAUAUUGUACAUUUGUGAACAUCGUUUCAUGUUAUACAUAACGAAACACAAUUAUUACUAAUAAUUAUAAACAGCUACUUACAGUUGAAUAAAUCAUAUCAAU